UAAGCUGUAAGCGAAUCAAGUGCUAGUGUUUAUAUAUAUAUAUAUAUAUGUGAAUGUUGAUAGUAGCACACAGAAUAUAUAAUUAGGCCAAUUCAAAGAAAGGCACAGAGAGUUCAAUGGCAGUGGUAAUUGGUGCAGUUAUGCCUGUAAUUGUCAAGCUUUUGCUACUGCUUUUAUGCCUCAAUUUUAACUCUUCUCUCACUCAAGCAAGAAAAUGGGAAUCGUGGAAAGAUAAAUACCCAUUCAUAAAGCCAGCAAGCUCAUUUUCAUCAUCAAAUGCUUGGAGCAGCGGUAGCAGCAAGGGUCAUAAUUAUGAUUACAUAAUAGUGGGAGGAGGCACAGCUGGCUGUCCAUUGGCAGCAACUUUGUCACAGAAAUUCAAUGUGUUGUUGCUGGAAAGAGGGGGAGUCCCAUUUGCCAAUGCAAAUGUCUCCUUAAUGCAAAAUUUUCACAUCUCUUUGGCUGACACUUCUCCUCAUUCUGCUUCCCAAAUUUUUGCUUCAACUGAUGGUGUCUUUAAUGCAAGAGCUAGAGUCUUGGGUGGAGGCACUUGCAUCAAUGCUGGUUUCUAUAGUCGCGCUAGCCAAAGCUAUAUCAAGAAAGCAGGAUGGGAUUCUAAACUGGUAAAUGAAUCAUUCCCCUGGAUUGAGAAGCAAAUUGUUCAUAAACCAAUCUUAGCACCAUGGCAAAAAGCAGUAAGCGACGGUCUACUAGAAGUUGGUAUAUCACCUUAUAAUGGAUUCACUUAUGAUCAUAUAUAUGGAACCAAGUUUGGAGGAACUCUUUUCGAUAGAUUUGGUCAUCGGAAGACUGCAGCUGAUCUUCUCACCUCAGCCAAUCCUGAGAAGCUUGAUGUUUUGGUGCAUGCGAUGGUUCAAAAGAUUGAAUUUGACACAUCAGGAAGGAAGCCAAGAGCAGUAGGAGUCAUCUUCAAAGACGAAAAGGGGAACCAACACACAGCAUUCCUUUCAAAGAGAAAGGGAAGUGAAAUUAUAGUGUCAUCUGGUGCAAUUGGAAGUCCUCAGAUUCUGUUGCUCAGUGGAAUAGGACCAAAGGCUGAAUUGAAAAAAUUGAACAUCUCGGUGGUGUUUGAUAAUAAAUUUGUCGGUAAAGGCAUGUCAGACAACCCCUUGAACACCAUAUUUGUUCCAACAAAUAGGCCUGUUCAGCAGUCACUUAUCCAGACUGUAGGAAUUACCAAGAUGGGGGUCUAUAUUGAAGCUAGUAGUGGAUAUGGAGAAACCGAAGAUAGCAUUCAUUGCCAUCAUGGUAUAGUUUCAGCUGAGAUAGGGCAACUCUCCGCAAUUCCUCCAAAGCAGAGAACACUGGAAGCAAUUGAAGUCUACAAAAGAAACAAGAAACAUGUUCCACAAGAAGCAUUCAGGGGAGGUUUCAUAUUAGAAAAGAUCGCGACACCUUUAUCAACAGGGCACAUUAGCUUGAAGAGCACCAAGGUUGAUGACAGUCCUUCCGUCACUUUCAACUACUUCAGCCAUCCACGCGACCUGAAGAGAUGUGUAGAUGGCAUACGCAUCGUGGAGCAGAUUGUGAAAUCAAAACAUUUCACCACUUACGCACAGUGUGACAAGGAUACACUGGACAAGUUGCUAAACAUGAGUGUCCAAGCUAACAUUAAUCUUAUACCGAAACACACUAAUGAUACAGAGUCACUUGAACAGUUCUGCAAAGACACAGUGACUACAAUAUGGCACUACCAUGGCGGUUGCCAAGUAGGCAAGGUGGUAACCCCUGAUUACAGGGUUAUGAAUGUCAACAGGCUCCGGGUCAUUGAUGGUUCUACAUUCAACGAGUCGCCAGGCACCAAUCCUCAAGCCACCGUGUUGAUGAUGGGCAGGUACAUGGGAGUAAAGAUUUUAAGAGAAAGAUUAGGAAGAGCAGCUGGUUUGUAAAGAUUCUACUGGUUCUUUUUUAGUCCUUUUUUGCAGGGGAAACUGAGACGCAAGUGUGAGUUUUGUCAUUUUGAUUCUUUGGCAAGUAGUUAUAUGUGUAGUCUGCAGAGUUUGGCUUGCCACACAAAAGAGUAAUUGGGACGAAAAAACUUACCCGCAACUAUUGUAACUAUAUUAUUUUAUCAUGGUUAAGUGAUAAAUAGAGACGACAAUAUACGUCAUUUAACCAUGAUUAGUGAUAAGUACACAUACAUGAAAGAGACAUGUCAUGUGUUUAUUCAUUUUAUGAAAACAUUCGGUGGUGCAAGUAAGUUUUUUUUAUUAUACGUGUGUUGUUA